AUGGCUGAUAGCGUUCAAAGAUCUUUUGAGGGCAUGUCGCUCAAUAGACCCGCGCAACAAAAUCAAAAUCAAUCUCAACAGCAUCUAGGCUUGCAUAGUCCUCUCAAUGGAACGCUAUCCUCCAACGCAUCUUCUUCGCUACGUUCUCCAUCUGGGACUUAUGGAAAUGCACAAUUGCCUGGUCAAGGUGUCAAUGACGGACAAAGUGCUGCCGCUCGAUUUGAACGCUUUUUCAACACAUCCGGCAAUCAAUCUCCUCAAGCGUUAGAUGCUCCAUCUCAUUCUCUUGGCGGCUUCCCGCCUUCGCCUCAUCAACCCGCAAGCUUGGGUCCUGGAAGUGCAUUUGGAUCUUUUGGUCACAACUUCAACUCAGGCGUAGGAUCUGCAUUCAUGGGAAACAACUCUACAGUUCCUGCCCUUCGGUCUAAGCCGAGUGCUACCAGACAAGGCUUGCCUUCUCAAUGGAAUUCGUUGACACCCGAUGAUAUGGGCACUGGAUCAUCACCUCCAGGCCAAUUCAACACAGGCGGUCCAGCGUUGGGCCUUGGAGACGAUGAUAUUAUACCAACAGCAAUUGUGGUCAAGAAUAUUCCUUUCAGCGUCAAGCGUGAGCAAUUGCUGCAAAUAAUUGAAGAGCUCAAUAUUCCAAUGCCAUACGCCUUCAACUAUCACUUUGAUCAAGGCGUUUUCCGUGGUCUUGCUUUUGCCAACUUUAGGUCUGGAGGAGAGGCUGAUGCAGUCGUCGCUGCAUUGAAUGGUUUCGAUGUUAGCGGCAGAAAGUUGCGGGUUGAAUACAAGAAGGUUUUGCAAGCUGGCGAAAAGGAGAGGAUUGAAAAGGAGAAAGCUAUCAAAAGAAUGCAGAGUAUGCAGAUGGAAAAGGAAAGAGUGCGAAGGCAAACAGUUUCCUCCGCAACAGGAGAGGAAUGGAAUCCACAAUUCGGCCAGCAAUCCACAGGCACAAUGGGCAGAAGUUCCAUGGCACCCGGUUCUGAGCUCGAGACUGGAUACAGUGAUGCUUAUAAUGAAGCAAUCGCACCUAUUUCGCCAGAUACUCUUCGCUCCGCUUCAGAUUCCCAAGGUGAAUUGGCUGCAGGUGCCGCUUCUGAAGUUGCUGGUAAAAAGGAUGAAUUGGACUUGAACGAUCCAGCAACGCUUGAGAUCUACUCUCGGGUACUGUUGUUUAAAGAUGAUCGUAUGCGGGACGAAUUGAGCUUCUCCAAGAAUUUAACGACAAACGAGCGCAGAAUUGUGCACAUGGUAUCCAAGAAGCUCAAUCUGUAUCAUUAUAGCCUUGGUGACGGUGAUGAAAGAUAUGUCAUUGUAACGAAGAAUGAAGUCAACCAACCUCAACGACCUUUACGUUCUCAAGCUUCAACUAUUGGACGCAACCACAGAAUUGGAGAAGGUGGUGGCAGUGGUGCCAUGACUGGAGCCAAUGGACUUUUGGCGCCUGGAAGCAGCUACUCAAUAGGUAGAAAUGCAUUACGAACUAAGAAAUCUGCGCCUGACAUGAAACGUCAAAGGGAACGUAGCGACGAUGGAUCUUUUGGUGUUGGUGGUUCGUAUGGAUUUGUGUCCGGCAGAUUAAGCAGGAAGAGUAACGGUAAUUUACGAGAAGGAUAUUCUUCAACAGUUGGCAGACGAUCUGUGCCUUCGAGCGGCACUGGAGGUGCUGCAAGUCUACAAAGUCUAUUUUCGUCACAAUUUGAUAUUCCUCCCGUGCCUUCGCUACCGGCUAAUAUCGGAGGAGAACCAAUCUCUUAUUCACCUUCUCCUUCGCCAAUUGGAACAUCUUCCACCAGCAAUAACGGAAGCUUUUCUGCUGCCACUUCUCAAAACAUUCUGCGUCAACCAGCCGGACCAGGGGCUGCUAACCGCAACUUUGCACAACGAAGUCGGGUGCCUAUUGGUGGCUUGAUGAACGGACAUGGCGCAGGACAGGAGGGAUCAGGUAAUUCAAUCUCCAAUGGUUCUUCGGAUCUCGAUGCUCAAUUCAGUUCUGGUGGCCCAGGUGAACUGCGCGAAGAUGAUGUACAAACCCAUCAACCGUUGGAAGUAUGAGCGGCAAUUAUGCAUGUUUAUAUUGCUUUGGAUGGUCAACCGUAGCACAUAUUUCUUGAUACAUAUUUUUUCUCUCCUCUAUCUCACUCAUUCACAUUCUUUCUUAAGAAAAAGCUCUAUAUAUUAUGAUGAAAUACGAUGCUGCUAAGGGUAAAAAGUC